AGCUUUGUCUAUUUAUACAGGUUCUAGACAGAAUCAGAUGCUACUAAAUCUUCAUUCAAGCUCAGUGUGCUUACUCUCCAUAGGUAGGUACUCCUCGGAGGACUCAGGAAGGCCACUUACUUGCAAACACAUUACGUCCCGCCUCUGCCCUUAAUCAGCCGCACACAUCAUCGUCCUUGGAUUCAGGUGUUUCCCACAUGUAGAUCAUGCCCCAGCCUGCACCCAUAUGUGUCAGGCAACCAGCAGCUAGCUGCUCAGCCUGGAAAUACCUCUAUGGCAUAUGGAAUUCUUGUGCUGCACAGAGAUGACUAAGUACCAAUUGCUAAAAUUUCCAUAUCACGUCAAUUCCCUCUCUCUUCUCUCUGAGCCUCAAAGAAACAAAGUCGAGAAAUUUCUUUAAAGUACCUAGUUUGGGACGUUAGCUUGGGUCUAGACAUAUCUGCGGACAUACUGCUGGCUGCCGUGCUUUGUAAAUGGUCAGGCUGCUAGGCAUUGUAUUAUUUUUGUCUGUUCAAAUGCUCCUGCAUUGCUCCACAUCAUGUCAGGCUGCCCUCCAGCGAUUAUUUCCUGCCGCUCCACCAUGGUUUUUUCCCUUGCCUGCUCUUGAUAUCCUGCACCUCCAUCUAUACUCUGCUGCCUUUCCACUGGGAUUGGCCCUCCGUAUCACUUCUGCUCCGGCCCAGGAAUUGACUGCAUUCGCGGCCACGCUGCUUGCCGCCUGGGGCUGACCUCACGCCUGCCUGUGUGCCCCUAACCCUCACCUAGCCACACUCAAGGCUUGUAUGCAAGUAUGCAGUAAGGUCAUCUAGUGCUCCUGGGCCGGGGAAUCAUUUUGUUGUUGUUGCAUGACAUGCACUUGCGAGGCAGCCCUUCC